GCUUACUACGCUGACUAGCGAGAAGUGUGCGGAGCGUUAGUGCAGUUGGUGUCUCUCUCGAACUCUCGAAUGUAGUUUGAUUAGGAAAGUGCCAGAAAGUAACGCUGAGCUAAUAGUGAGGCCAAGUACUAUAAACAUUGUCGAUUAUACAAAGGGAGCGAAGAAAUUAAAAUAGAGAACAGUGACAGCAGUGACUUGAGAAGGAAGUCCGAAGUAAUGUCUUCGAAGCUAGAGGAACUCAGGCUUGAUGUUGCAGAAUUAAACAAAUUUUUUAGCACAGCAGUACGGCAGAAAGUUAAAGAUGUCCUUUCAAUUGAAAUUCGCAAACUUGAGACUGAAAUCACAACUUUGAAGGAGUUAUCUGAGAAAGAUUCAGUUCCUGAAACACCUGUCAAUUCAAUUCUGAUAUCCAAGCCAAAAUGUUAUGAAGUGAAGCUCAAUAACUAUGCAUGGGAUCAGUCAGACAAAUUUGUGAAAAUAUUUGUCACAUUAAAAAAUGUACAAACCUUGGAUGCAGCUGAUGUGUUUUGUGUAUUUACCAACAGGUCUGUGGAACUGAAGGUGAAUGGUUUGGACAAUCGAAAUUACACUCUGCCCAUAAGAAACCUACUGGAAGAAGUAGAUGUUGAUAAAAGUCACUGGAAGGUGAAAACAGACAAUAUUGUCAUAUUUCUGGCAAAAAAGAAGGUUGGAACCAAAUGGUCACACAUGACGGGGUAUGAGAAGAAAGCUAAUGAGCCACGUGUACCUAAACUUGACCAUAAUGAUGAUCCAUCAGCUGGACUAAUGGAUAUGAUGAGGCAGAUGUAUGAAGACGGAGAUGAUGACAUGAAAAGAACCAUUGCAAAAGCUUGGACUGAGAGCCGUGAAAAGCAGAUGAACUUAUAAUUUGUGCUUUGCCUUAUUAGCAUUUGUGCAACAAUUAAUAAUCUCCAAAAUAAAUGAGAAAACUUCUAGUUGUGUCAUCAGAGCUGUCAUGCAAAUGCCAUUUUUGUAACUUAUGUUUGGAACUCUUCAUUUGUAAUGUAGUCUAUGGCAUAGAGAAGUGUUUAUUACAGGGACUGUUUGUGAUUUAGUGGUACAUAUGACACUAGGUAUGAAUUCCUCUUGCAUUCAGACUUCAAUUUAAUUUUAUGGAAACAUUUAUACUUGAUUAAGUGCUUGCCAUGCAAAAUGAUCUAUUGUAAAACACACUUGAAAAGUAUAUUAUCAGCUUUGCGAAAAAUUAUUGGGCGCUGAUGCAAUGUAACAAUUUUACUUGGUCCUCAUUUAUAUUUUGAGAUCCCAUGUGAAUGACUGUAAAGUAAUAAAGUAAUAAAAAAUGUGUAAUUUUU